AUGCCCGAAAUAACAUGUCCUUCCUGCGAUAAAAAGCUUGCAUCAAUCACCGGUUAUAGUCAGCAUCUUGCAAAAACCACCAAUCCUGCCUGUCGUACCCUCUACCUUUCCUCACGGCGAUUCGCUCCAGACCCAGCAAAUGAUGUAGAUAUAGACGCACCUGAUCCAAAUCAUCCGCUGCAUUUUGGAGGUGAUUUUUUUGGAACAUACGCUGAGGAUGAGUUUGCAUGGCCAGGGUCAGAUGACGAGGGGGAUGUUGGUCAAGCACCUAUGGAUGAAGAUGACUCAGAUAUUGACAUCAAUGAUCACGACGAAUGGGAGCCUCCUGCAGCACCAGCACCCUCAAGUCAUUCUGCGGAGCAUCAUGACACUAACAAUCAUGACAAAUGGGAACCUCCUGUAGUGCCAGCACCUGCGCACAAUGAUGCCUUACACCCACCUACCGCAGAUCAAGGCCAAGAUGCUUUUCAUAUGGCGCAGCGGCGACUUCUUGAACACGAACAAGUACCUAUAAUUGUCCAUUACCCUGAUCAACGAGCUGGACAGCCCAUCGACUCAGCCAUCAAGCAGCCAAGCAAUAUAACCUACCAUGCACAGCUUAAUGGCUCGAAACUUGUUUCUAUUGAAGGUCUUAGCGAAAAGAUUGGUCUUUCCUUCAAGAAUACAUGGGAACUGAACAAGAUCAUCGACGAUGAACUUCCAGGCCGUCCGAAAUUCAAACAUGAUCAGAUUGUCGUUGCUAAUGAAGCGUUUGAUGUCUACUAUCGUGAUAUCAUUGAAUGCAUCAAGGCUCUUUUCAGUGAUCCAAGUUUUGCUGACUUUCUGGUCUUUGCACCUGAACGCCAUUAUGCCGACGAAGAUGAGACGAUUCGUUUAUAUCAUGAGAUGCAUACUGGAAAAUGGUGGUGGAAUAGUCAGAAACACUUAGAUCACGAGCGCCCUGGUGCUACAAUAAUUCCCAUCAUCAUUUCAUCAGACAAGACUCAAGUUACAAUGUUUUGCAACAAGACAGCAUACCCCGUCUACAUGACUAUUGGAAACAUCCCAAAGGAUAUUCGUCAGAAACCGUCAUGCCAGGCACAUGUCCUCCUUGCAUACCUUCCAACUACUCGCCUUGAACACAUUACCAACAAAGCUGCUCGCCGACAGAUGCUUGCCAAUUUAUAUCAUGCUUGUGUGGGACGUGUACUUGCACCACUCACAGCUGCCGGCAUCAAUGGCAUUAAUAUGCGAAGUGGUGAUGGAAUAAUGCGUCGAGGCCAUCCUUUGUUUGCAUGUUUUGCAGGAGACUACCCAGAGCAAGUUUUAGCUACCGGAGUCAAGACAACUCAAUGUCCAAAUUGCGAUGUUCCCUCCGAUGAGCUUGGUCUAGCAACUGGUGUCGCAAAUUGGCAACCACGAGACCUUGGUGCAGUACUUGAUGCCCUCUGCGCUCUUGACCAAGGUGGAUUGGCCUUUGUGCAUGCAUGCGCAGAUGCUGGCAUUAAGCCUAUUGUCCACCCAUUCUGGGAGGGACUACCCUUUGUCAAUAUAUUUGAAUCCAUAACUCCUGAUAUUCUGCAUCAACUAUACCAAGGGCUCGUCAAGCAUCUCCUCGCUUGGCUUUCUGAUUAG